AUGCCCCCUCGCUACCACUCUUCCCGUCAUGUAAAACUUGAUGCUCAUACAACGAUACUUUCAACGGCCGCCCGCACCGUGCUGACGCAGACAUUCGUCAACCGUUCGAGAGAGGCAUUGAAUGAGAUCCGAUAUGCGUUCCCGCUAUUCGAUGGUGUGAGUGUUGUUGAGUUCUUCUGCCAGAUCGGCGAGCGCACCAUCUACGGUCUGGUGAAAGAGAAGAACGAAGCCAGGAAGACCUACGAGGAGGCCAAGGAGCGUGGCGAAAGCGCAGCGCUACUUGAGCAACUGCCUGACGCGGCGGAUGUUUUCACAACUGCUAUCAGCAAUAUUCCAAACGGUGCAUCCGUACAAGUAUCCGUCAAGUACGUGCAGGAAUUGAAGCACGAUGCUGAAGUCGAUGGUAUUCGUCUCACCAUCCCCUCGUCAAUCUCGCCCCGUUACGGAUACUACCCAGGAAAGCUUCAAGAAACCUCAGCAGAGAUUGAUUCCAAAGGAAUCUCUAUAACAGUGGAUGUGAACAUGGCGCAAGGGAUUCCUAUCAAGAAAGUCAUUUCCCCAUCAUAUCCCAUUGAAGUCACCCUCGGAUCGUUAUCAACCAGUGCUAGCGACGAAGAUGCUUCAAUUUCGAGGGGCUCUGCCACACUCGCCUUGGGCACCACCGAACUAGAAAAGGACUUUGUCUUGCAGGUGGUUGCGAAAGACGUCGGUAUACCUCAGGCGAUCCUCGAAACACACCCGACUCUCCCUAAUCAGCGCGCAUUGAUGACGACAUUAGUACCCAAAUUUAACAUCAAGUCGCAAAAGCCCGAAGUUGUGUUCAUUGCAGAUCGUUCCGGUAGCAUGGGAGGCCAUAUUCCCACUUUGAAGUCGGCGCUCAAAGUGUUCUUGAAGUCAAUUCCCAUCGGCUGUUCAUUCAACAUCUGCUCAUUUGGAAGCAGUCAUUCGUUUCUUUGGCCAGAGAGCCGGAUGUAUGACCAGGAUACACUUACCGAGGCUAUCCGACAUGUCGAAACGUUUAGGGCAGAUUUUGGCGGUACAGAGACUCUGGCUGCGGUCAAGGCCUGUUUUGAAGCUCGCAAUACUGGACUUCAAACCGAGCUCAUGCUGCUCACCGACGGCGAUAUAUGGUCCCAAGAACAGUUGUUCAACUACGUGUCCAAGAACACGAAAAGUGGCGACGUCCGUGUAUUCCCUAUUGGAAUCGGUAGUGGCGUCUCUAGUGCGCUGAUCGAAGGCGUUGCGAGGGCAGGGAGAGGUUUCGCUCAGAUGGUUGCCGACAGUGAAAAGCUCGACAGCAAGAUCGUCCGGAUGCUCAAGGGUGCACUCACGCCUCAUAUCAAAGACUACCGUCUCGAAGUCAAAUACGAAGACGGCAGCGUUGAAUCCGUCGCUGACAGCCUCCGUGUGAAACUCAGUAUUGCAGAGGAACCAGAAAGCAAAGCUACUGUCUCCGAGGCGAAGCCUAUCUCGCUUUACGACCCUGACGUCCAAGAAGAGCAUCCUAAGGAUGGUGAGCCAAAGAACAUCUUCGCAGGUCUACCGGAACUCAAGCGCCCGACCCUUUUGCAAACACCUCAUGAGAUACCAUCAUUAUUCCCGUUUAACCGUACUUGUGUCUACCUCAUCAUGUCUCCAGAGUCAUCGCACCUGCAACCGAAGAGCGUGGUACUCAGAGGUACCUCACCUCAAGGCCCGCUAGAGCUCGAGAUCCCAGUCGAAGUGCGGAAGGACGCCGACCAGAUGAUUCAUCAGCUGGCAGCUCGCAAAGCAACACAAGAACUUGAAGAAGGCCACGGUUGGCUGUCCGAGGCUACUGUUGACGAUGCAGGCGUACUGGUCAAAGACAAACAUCGCACCCAGUUCCCUCUGCUCCAGAGACGUGAGGCUGUCCGUCUCGGAGUUGAGUAUCAGGUUGGCGGCAAACACUGCUCCUUCGUAGCCGUAGAAGCCAACGAGGCGGAGAUUGCAGAGAAGCGGAAGAGAGUACUAGAAGCGACGCUGAAUCGUGAUGACAAGAAUAAUGACAACGACUGGGAGGUAUUAGAAGACGCAUCAGACUCCUCAGACGGUGAGCCAGUACAGGGAGGCGCGAAGCAGUUAGCCUCUAUCCAAGCAUACUCCAUGCCCGUCUCUGCGAGUGCAAGCGCACGAACCGGUGGGGUUCGUCGGCAGCUCGCCAGUAAGGCAGCCCGUAAGUCUGCUCCAUCUUCGGUCGGUGGGGUCAAAAAGCCUCCACGGAAGAGGCGCUCGACUUCUACGAGAGACCCAUGGACCACAAAGAAGCGUAAGCGUACUAACAAGCCUACAGCUUCGUCGGGUGGUUUCACGGCAUACGGCGGGUCUCCUUUUGGUGCCCCAGAAGAGUUUAGUGCAUGCUCUUCUGCAAGCCAAAGCAGCACUGGGUUUUUUGGCGUAGCCUCUCGUGGUGGAAGAGGUUUGGGUCGAGGCGGUGCAAUGCGUCACCGAAAAGUUGCACCUCAAGCUACUAACGGCUGUCAUGAUUUGAGUCUGGAUAUGGAAGAGAAGGAAGAGUCAGAUGAAGACAUGGGUUUUGCCCUUAUGGACAGUCCUGUGUCCCCCCAAAGUCCAGCGUACUCGCCAACGUCGCCGUCCUCACCCAACAGCAAAAGGCAAAAAACUGAAGAAGAAACUGGCACCCUUCUUCAACGCCUCAUCGCGCGUCAGUCUUUCGAAGGCUCGUGGGCAGCUAUCGACAAGCUUCCCUGCGAUGAGAUGAAGCUUGAUCGCGAUGCUGCUAGCAAAGCGAUCGCCAAGCUCACUGAGACGAAUGCUGACAAGGUCUUGGCUACUGCGACCGUAGUCAUGUUCUUAGAGAAAAAGAUGCAGGAUGAAGAAGAAACUUGGGAGUUGGUUGUUGAGAAAGCGCGCGCCUGGCUUGAGAAUGAAUUGGCGGAGGAUGUUCUCGCCCAGGUAUGGCAGUUGGCGGAGGGCAUCGUUGGGAAAAACUGA